UAAAAGUGUAAAACCAUCAACAUAAAUAUUUUAAAACUUGAUUUUUUGUCAAAAUUAUUAAUAUGUCUCAAAGAAACCUUACUGAGUUAUUUUUCAUGCUUCGGAACAACGUAUUGCAUAGUAAAAACAUUUACUCAGACACCGACAACUUACAAACUGUUGGCUUGCUAGAUCGACAAUCGGGGGAAAGCAGUAAUUUCAUUGAACAGCCAACUUGGAUCUGCAAGUACGACGAGGCUCAGUAUCUUUUGUCCAAGAUUAAGUCUCGCGUUAAUGAUCUUCUACGUGUGCAAAAUUCUACAGCGCGUUCUGUACUUAGUGAAAGUCGUGAAGAUGAGUUGAAGGUUCAAGAAUAUGCUAAGGAUAUUUAUAAGCUGAUCGGAACUUGUCACAGUCAUGUAAAAUCACUAAGCUCAUCUACUAAAGCCAACAACCGUUUGGAAAUUAUUUUGCUACAAAACGUCGAGAAAAACUUACUUAUGGCAUUGCAGAAUAUUACGGACAGAUUUCGACAAAAUCAAACAUCUUUUAUUGAUGAGCAAAAUAACAUGGAGCAAAAAUCGAAAAUAUUUUUUGACAACAUCUCCACGAACAUUGAAUCGAUUGGAAACAACGUGGAUACAUUCGACAAUUUUCUAAAUAUGGAUGUUCCGUCGUCGUCGUCGUCAAGAGGUGGAGCUUACAGCGCGAAUGAUGACGAUGAUAGGCUUGACGAAUACUUUCAACUUCCCGCUUCGGGGCUGUCUAUCAACCAGAAGCAGUUGAUGCUUAUAGAAGCUGACAACACAAAAUGAUCCAGAGCCGAGAGCAGGAGGUUAACACAAUUGUGAACAAAAUAGUGGACUUGAAUACAAUUUUCAAAGAUCUGGCCCACCUAGUUCAGGAGCAAGGCACAAUUUUGGACAGAAUCGAUUACAACGUAGAGUCAA